AUGAAACUUUUACAUUUGUUCCUUGUUGUGAUUAUUGCUGAAGAAGUUUUCUCGGGUGAUGGCAACUCUUGCUCAAGUCCACCUUUGCCAUUCAGCCCAAGUGACAUUAUUAAUAGAUUGGAAAGCAUCAAAGACUUAAUCAAUAAUCUUGUAACACAAUAUUUACCAUUUUUCGAAGGCGCUGAUGUCAGCGGUUUCGAUGGUACAAAUGAAGAAAAAUCGGAUAAUGCUUUUGACCUCCUAAUUGAAAUUCAAACUAUUCUCUCGGACAACGGAGUACAAUCUUCUGUAGCAAGUUUCUUGUCAAUUCUUGAUAUAAUUCAUGCUAUAAUUUUUAAUACAGAAUCAACUGGAAAUGAAAAGAAAAUUGAUGAAAUUAUAGCAUCAGUAAAUGCUGUAAACCAAAUUCUGUUAGAAAUUUUGCAAUCAAUUGUUGAUCAAAUCGCAAUUGAAACUGCUUCUUCUGUUGAUUACUUGAGUGGAGUUAUGACACAACAAAUUGAUCCUGCCGAUUAUCCGAUUUCUUGCAUUGCUGAAGCAUUAAUUCAAAUGUAUCAAUUUGUAUUUAACACAUAUGGAACGAUUGAAGACACUGCUAUUGCAGCCAAAGCCAGUAUGGAAGCAAUGCCAUAA